AUGAGCAAGGUUCAAUUCAUGGAUCAAUUAUUAAGGGAUUUCAAAGAAGUUAGUGCUGUUCAAAAUAAGUCAUCUGUCAAUGAGUCUUUUUUAAAGGAAGAAAGCACUGGUCCUUAAAUAAUUCUUACUAAUAAUAAGAAUAGAUUAAAGUUAAAAGAAUACAGCAAAAAAUUAACACAUUACAAAUAAGAAAUGGUUAAUGUAUAAAAUUAGAUUGAUUUGGAAUAUGCAAGAUUCAAAGAAUCUAAAAUAUCUAUGGCCACAAUCAUAACAAGAGAGAUUAAUAAAUUAUAAAAACAAGAUGAAGAUUAAAUCAAAGAGAUGUUGACUUUUGUAAGAAAGUUAAUUGAAUUUAAUCAAAAGAUAACACUUGAAAUUGAAAAUGUUUUUGAAAAGUAUUUAUGCUCAAUAUUAUUUAAGUCAAUAAACUGUAUCUGCUUAAGAAGUAGAGGCUGCUGCUCAAGUGUUCUAAGAAGUAGAGUAAUAAGUACUCUCUUUGAAAGAAAAAAGAUUAGAUCUUGGAUCUAUGGACUUUAAGCUAUUGUCAAUGAAUGAAUAUAAAAGAAUGAUUUUAUAAUUGCAAGAAUAGAAAAUAAAUUCAUAAGAAUAAUAGAAUAAUCUAUUUAAAAAUGAAUAGAAGAUUAAUAUGAUGUUGAGUCAAUAAUUAGAAGAAAAAAAUUAAAUUAUAUAAUAGUUACAAAACAAUUCUUCCUGGGAAUAAUGGAGAGAUCUUGAAUAGUUAAUAUUUAAUUAAUUAGAAAGGUUUAGAAUUCCUUAACCAAAAUCAAAUGGAAAUCUAUUUAAUUAUGUAUUUGAUCAAUUAGAUUAAAUGAUUUAUAAUCAAGAAUGCGAAAUUAAAGAUUUACAAAAUUAGAUUUUCAAAUAUUAGAAAGAAAUUGAUGAAGUGAAAUAAGAAAAUGAAAUUAUAAUGAAGGAAAAUAAACAGAUAUAAAAUUAAGUAAAAUAAAGAAUUGAUGAAAAACAUCAAGAAAAACUUCAAUUACAAGAUGAAAUGAAAAAUAUUUUAAAUAAUAGUAUUGAAAUUGAAAAAGAGAAUUAAGUAUAUAAUAAUCAAUUACAAAUGUAUACUCAUUAAAUUAAAUAACUUUAAAAGAGUAAUACAAAUUUAUAUAAAGAAUUAUAAAAAUACAAAAAUGAUGUUGAUGAAUUAAAUGAUAUUAGAAUUAAAUUAGAAGAUUAAUGUGAAAAACAUUUAUCUAUUAUUGAAAGACUAAAUAAAUAAAAUAAUGAAUUAGAAUCCAUUUUAUAUUAGUCUAAAAAUGAUGAAAAUGAAGAAAUCAAAUAAUAUAUUUAAUUAUCAAAAUCUCAAUCAAAUAGGAUUUAGCAAUUAGAAAUUGAAUUGAAUACUACUUAAUUAUUAAAUUCAAAAUUAUCAGAUAAAUAAAAAGAAUAAGAUGAAUUAUUGAAUUAAUUAAGAAAUUAGGUUUAAGACCUAUAAAAAUAAAUUAGUUUUUAAGAGAGUGAUAUAAAGAAAUAAUUAAAAUUAAAUGAUGCAUUAUAAAAAUAAUUAAAAGAAAGUUAUGAACUGAGCAAUACUUAAAAUUCAGAUUUAAAAGAAAUAGAUGAAGAGAUUAAAUAUUAAAUUAAGUUCAAUGAGAUAUAAAAAGAAUAUAAAGAAUAUAAAGUAUAAACAGAAAAUAGAUUAAAAAAAGUAAUUUCCUAAUCUUAAGAAUUAUAAUAAAAGGUUUAAGUGUAAGAGUAGGAAAAAUUGUUAGAGAGUCAUAAAAUGAUUGAAAAAGAAACAACUUUAAAGAGUGAGAAUCAAAUUUUAAAUCAAAAAAUUAAUAUGUUAUAAGAAUAACUUAAAUAAUAAGAAAUAAAUAAUUUAAAUGAAAUUAAAGUUACUAAAUUAGCAUUAGAUUAAACAUAAGUAUAAUAUCAAUAACAAUCUUAAUUAUUUGAUAAAUUAAAACUUUAAGCAUCAUAAUUAGAAUAAGUAAUUGUUAAAUAAAUUUUAGGCUGUUUUAUAAAAAGAAGCCUUGAUUUAAGAACUUUAAUAAGAAUUAGACAGCAAUUCUGCUUAAUAUGAAUAAUAAGUAAAUGAAGUUUAAUUAGAAUUUAAUUCUAUUAUUGAAGUAUAAUAUUUAAUAUAAAUUUAGGAAAAAUAAUCAUAAAUUUAAUCACUUUAAUCAACAAUUUCAAAUUAAAAACAUGAAAUUAUGCUUUUACAAAGAUCUAUUGAUUAAUUAGAAUUUUAGAAAUAAUAAGAUUUAUUAUAAUACAAAAUUGAAAAUGAUAAAAAAUCUCUUUAAUUUGCUAAAGAAUUAGAAUAGGUUAAAGAUGUUUUAAAUUCUUCUGUGAAUUUUUAGUAAAUAAAAGAAAGUGAAAAAUCUUUUUAGAAAAAAAUGCAAUAAGUUUAGGAAUCAUCUAAUAAAUCUAUUGUUCAAACAUAAUAAAAAUAUGAAUAAAUAAUUUAAGAUUUAGUUUAAUAAUAUGAUAAAUAGAUAAAUUAUCUACAAGAUUAAUUAAACCUUUAAAAUAGAUUAGAUUUUUAAUAAACUCGUAUUAGUUAAAAACCUCCAAGAGCUUAACAUAAGAGUCCUAAUUGUUAUACAAACUCACCAGCUUCUUCCAUUUAAUAAAGUUUUUAUAGAGAAGUGGCUAAAUUCUCAAAAGAUUUAGAUGAUUCUUAAGAGUCAAAUACCUAAAAAAGACCAACAGGAAUUAUUAAAAAAAACAAACAUAUUUUUAUUGAAGAUGAUAAUAAUACAAGUUAGGAAUAAGCUUCUUCUGUUAAAAACUAUAGCAGUUCGGGAAGAUUAUAAAUAACUGAUCAUGCCGUUCAAACAGAUUAAUAAAACGAAGAUAUCUUCCCUCCUUUUGAUCAUAGAAUUUGUUUAAGAUGUAAAAAAAAUGAUAUGAUUGCUCCAAACUUUUGUAAAUUUAAAGAAGUAAAUUAGUUUACAGAUCUAAGCAAUGUAAUUGAUAUUUCAUAUAAAUAUAGAGUUAAGGUAGUGCAAGUAGAUUAAAAUCUUCUAGAGUUUUAAAAGAACAUAUAUAUGGAAGUAAUUUAAGUUGGAGAUAAAGGGAAACAAAUUCAAUCACAAAGUCUAACUAUUUUUCUAUAGGAGAAAAAACUUCUUAAGGAGUCAAUACAAUUUUAAGUUUAGUUAAUAUUGAAAGUGCUCAAUUUAAAAGAAGUUCGAGUUAAAGAAGAAAUAAAAGGAACUCAGAAAGUUUGUCAAUCUCGUUUAGUUCUAAAAUGGAUACAAACAGAAGUAAUUAAUGA